GCGCCUUGUUGAGAUCUCCCGAAAUCUCUAGGAUCGCUAGCGUUUCUUCUUCUUUUCCAGAAACAAGAAAAGGGCCAGGCAAUGCACAGUCAGCAAGACGCGUCAUGGCAUCAAUCAUGUCGCCUGAUGCACCUCUGGCGCCUAAUCCCCGAGGUAUAAAGCUGCCCAUCCGCUCGCGUUCGAGAAGCACCAUCCCUGCCAUCUUCCUUACGAGACCCGUGAGCCAAUAUUCACCGAAGUAGCCAUCAUGUCAACCCGGUCUCUUUUUCUUGUCUCGUCGCGCAAUGCGCCUUCCCAACGAGCUCAUUUCGGUAUCUUUGUCCCCCUGGCCGCAGAUUCUCGGAAAGGUACUCUGAUCAACGUCGUCGGAGCUCCAAUGAUGGGCUACAGCUUGAUUUUCCAGAGAAAUUACACUCCUAUGGCUACUGGCUUGGACGAGGUGCUUCCGAUUGGAAAUGUGGGCUCUGAGCAUAUCGUGGACACGUCUGCCUCGGGAUCGCCAUCCGAAGACUCCACGCCCCGAGGAACGCUCGAGAUUCUGGCUGCCAAAGUGCCACCUCCGCGAAUCAGCGAGAACUUCAUGGCCCCGGUCAACGAUACCACCAAUAAACGAUGCCAGGAGUGGACCAUGGAAUACCUUUGCCAUCUGGUCAAGAAAGGCAUCAUCGGCGCCGAUGCGAUCCCGGUCGUGCAGUCAAAGCGAGACCCGCCAACUCAUGGGAUUGGGCUGCAGCCCGUGGUGAAUCGUGCGCCGCAGUAGAUUCCACAUUAUGGGGGUUAGGAUAAUCACAUUUCUUUCGAGGCCAUUCGAACGGCCGCACACAGGCCUAUCAUACUCCGCGUAGAACCCGGAGGACGCAGAGCAUACCGGACCCACCCUGGCGUAGGGCGUGAAUAGAACGUGGUAGUCGAUGGCGACAAUCUUCAUGAUGACUGCCAAGGGAGAAAAUCGGGGCCCAGAACCCGCUCCCCGGCUUCGGCUCGCCCGCCGAUUGCUCGCCCACGCCUUAUCAUGUCG